GGACCGUUCAGUGAGGAAGGAUUUGUGAAGAGGAGGGGAGGCGACGCUGAGAGGGAGGAUUCAAUCAAUCGUAAGUUAGUAACUGCAGGUUAUGGAGGCUUUUUCUUCGCCCCUGAGGCAGAGCCCUACGUAGCAGACGCUGUAGGCUUGGCCAGGGCGGAUUUGGAAAUUGGGUUGCCGGAAUUGGAAAGGGGGAUUUGGAGAUUCCCUAAAAAGGGGCAGCGGAAUGCGCUGCAGUUGUAGAGAGCGGACGAGAUCUGAGGGGCUGGUACGUGGUGAGGAGGUUUGGUGGGUAUAUUCCCCAGCGCUGGUAGCGGCCGGGAGUAUUUGGUGGGCCUGUCGUGGUGGUCUUCCGUGCACCAAUUUUGAGUGAAUGCUGUAGAGAUUCGAAAGCAAGCGCAGCUGGAGGGGAAAGAAUCUGUCCUGCGAGAUUUCGUUGUUUGUAGCGUGAGGGGACGGGGAUCCUAGUUCGGAAUCCAGAUGCUUGAGCGUCGUCGUCUUUUUUUCUACUCAUUUUAUUUAGUUUUGGUUUUCUUUCUGUUUCCCCUUUUUGUAAAUAUGGAAAUUGAAGUUGGUGGAGGGCUUUUCCCUGUCGAGUGAAAUAAAACCGUCUUGGACAUUCGUGCCUGCAUCAGGAAAGAGCAGGCGAGAGCGAGGCGGGUUUCGAUUACAGGCCCCUUUGUGGGGGUGGUGGUGGUGGUGCACUUUUUGGGGGUUUUUGGAGCGGAUCGCGUGUAGUGGGAGAAGCGGAAGCGUGUGGUGGUGAAGGAUUCUGCAAGGUUUUAGGUUGUUGUCAGGAUGGGGUCUGAAAAUGGAGCUUGAGGUCGUUGCACCUGGAGAUGACUCAGAUGGCAGCGAGUUAUUUGAGCUACAAGCCGGUCACUCGCGCCAGGAGCUUUGCGUUAAAACCUUCCGUGGAAGUGGAAAGGCUGGGAUCCUUGUCGCGAUAUCGGGCAUCAAAUUUGGGUGCUCCUCUUUUUGUACGCAAUGUUGGGAAGGGGCGAUUGUACAGCCUCAGUCGCAGUAUGCGGGCAGAGUGUUCAAGCGGUGUGAGAAAGACGCAUGGCGGAGCCGCACGGGAACCUAUCAGAACAUUAAUACUGGACAAUUAUGAUAGUUACACCUACAAUCUUUUUCAGCUUCUAUCCGUCAUCAACGGAGCUGCUCCCGUGGUGGUGAAGAAUGAUGAAAUUACAUUUGAGCAAUUGCGUAAGCUGUUAUACGAGGAGCGGGCAUUUCAUAAUGUCGUUAUUUCACCGGGUCCAGGAUCUCCCACACGACCGGAAGACAUUGGAAUAAGUAUGCGGCUGCUUCAGGAGUGCUCGGAUAUACCGAUAUUAGGAGUUUGUUUGGGCCAUCAGGCUCUGGGAAGCUGUCAUGGUGGUAAGGUUGUGCAUGCUCCUGAACCUGUUCACGGUCGUUUAAGCGAAAUUGAACACAAUGGGCAUCCACUUUUUAACCAGAUUCCGUCUGGUUCUGGCUCUGGAUUUAAGGUUGUGCGCUACCACUCACUGGUGAUUGACCCAGCUUCGUUGCCGGAGGAUCUGGUUCCAACAGCUUGGACAAUGCUUGCAGAUGCUCCUGGGGUUGAUUGCUCAAACGGAUCCUCGUCUGACCUUCCGGAGGGUGAAUAUUGGAUGGCAGGGCGCCCAACUGUUGAUGUUCGUAGAAGUCAAGAGAUUGUGCUCAUGGGUAUGUCUCAUAAGUAUCGACCACAUCACGGAGUCCAGUUUCAUCCAGAAAGUAUUGCUACAGCUUACGGAAAGCAAAUUCUGGAGAACUUUCGCACUAUUACCCAGGAAUAUUGGCGAAAUCAGAUCUGGCAACCUACUAAUACAAGCGCUCAAGCACCGUGGAGAUCUGUGUUACCCACUAAUCAAGUGGAUCUUACGAAGUGCCUGCAUGACUCACGAAUUUCGGAUUCAGCAGUACAGUCCAGUGACGAUUCAAGCCAUGUUCUGAUGAGGGUCUGCUGGGAGAAGCUUCCAGGCAACGCUGGAAUAGCUGGAGGAUCUGAAAAUAUCUUUUGUGAUUUAUUUGGAAAGGAAGCCGCUCAAGAUACAUUCUGGCUUGACAGUUCUACAAUGGACCAGGGUGGAGCGCGGUUUUCUUACAUGGGAGGUAGAGGAGGUGUUCUGUGGAGGCGCUUGACAUACUCUUUGUCGGGGGCAGGUGCAAGUGGAGUUGUUAAAAUCGAAGAUGCUUUUGGCAAUAAAAAGGAGCAUUUUCUUGAAGACGGAAUUCUUAAUUACUUAGAUAAGGAAAUGGAGUUGCGUUCCUGCGCAGAGGCUGAUUACGAGGGCCUGCCCUUCCACUUUUGUGGGGGCUUUGUUGGAUAUUUAGGAUAUGAGUUGAAAGUGGAAUGCGGAGUUCGAUCGAAUCGACACAAGUCUAGAUUACCGGAUGCUGCGCUUUUCUUGGCCGACAGAGCAGUGGUGAUUGAUCACAGUAACAAUGAUGUUUAUGUGUUGGCCUUGUUCCAGCGCAGGACAUGCACAUACAAUGAAAGUGCUACUGCAGGCAACGGAAGCACCAGAAAUAGUAAUUCGUUUAAUCACGGCCAGAACGGGCACCCUUCCCCGGUGGCGGAACCCAGCAAUGGUUCAGCAACACAUAGUGGUGUUUCCAAGUCGAAUGGCUCUCUAAAUGGCCACGGCAGUUCAGAAAAGAUGGGAAUGUGGUCUACUCCAUUCGAUCGUGAGAAAAAUGCUGCAGAAGAGUGGGUUGCAACGACCGUAAAGCGAAUCUCGAGCUUGGGAAAGAAUGGUCUAGAUCUAGCAACUGAGAGGAGGCAAUCAUCUCAAUUCUUUUCUAGUAUUAGUACUGGACAGGAGAAGUUUACUCCUCCUUUUACGUUGGAGAAAUCUAGGAAUACUUACAUCAAUGACGUUAACGAGUGUAAGCGUUAUAUCAAGGAUGGAGAGAGCUACGAAGUUUGCUUAACGACACAGCUUCGGAGAGAAAUGCGAGAUCUUGACACUUUGGGGCUCUACCUUACUCUUCGUAAGACUAAUCCUGCCCCAUACGCGGCCUGGCUUCAUUUUGGUGAACAUGGUCCUCAAGUGUGCUGUUCUUCUCCUGAGCGUUUCUUGCGGCUUGAUCGCGAGGGAACAUUGGAAGCUAAACCCAUUAAGGGAACUCUCCCUCGUGGAAGCUCACCAGCUGAAGAUGAAAGACUCCGUUAUGAGCUGCAACACAGUGAGAAGGACUUUGCAGAGAAUCUGAUGAUUGUAGAUCUUCUGAGGAAUGACCUUGGACGAGUUUCGGAACCAGGUUCUGUGCAUGUGCCCAGCCUCAUGGCUGUAGAAUCGUACACCACCGUGCAUACUCUUGUGAGUACAGUGAGGGGCAAGAAGAGGGAUGAUGUGACUCCCAUCCAAUGUAUCAAGGCUGCUUUUCCGGGAGGUUCAAUGACUGGGGCACCGAAGUUGAGGACUAUGGAAAUUUUAGAUGGAAUAGAAAGUGGACCGAGAGGGAUAUACUCGGGCACGGUAGGUUUCCUUUCAUUUAACUCUGCUUUUGAUUUAAAUAUAGUUAUUAGGACAUUGGUCUUCUCUGAAGGAGAAAUUUGCAUUGGUGCUGGAGGAGCAGUCACUGCACUCUCGGACCCUGAAGCAGAGUACGAGGAAAUGCUGUUGAAAACCAGAGCCCCUAUUCGGGCCAUUGCAAAAUUUGAAGGUAAUUACACCACCUCCAGCAGUCAAGGGAAUAGGGGUGCACCUGCUGCCUUACCCAACUGACGUUGGUUGGUUCCAGACGAAUUUAGUGUGGCUUUACCUUAGUCUCCUCUUGAGAUUGUUGAGCAAUUAACAAAUUCUUUCGCACAAAACAUUUCUUUCGGUGCCUUCACGUAGUUCCAUCAGGGGAUGCCCUCGCAUCUGUCUUGUUCUGAUCUAUACAUGUGGACUUAUUUUACCAAUUUUCUCAACUGGUUACAAUUUUUUUUCGAAGGAGUCGUCCUUCGACAAUAGAAAAGGUUGCUCUGUGAA